CAAUUGGGCAAUACUGGUCCCCUGAAAACUUCAUUACCAUUUACUACUAUCUCCUUCCCCCUCAAAAUUUACAGGAACACCGAUCUCCCCCGAUUCCAAGCGAUUGAGAUUGACCUGAGGAAUGUCAAACCACCAUUGGAGAACAUGGGUUCUCAUAAUUUUCGUGAUUUUUGCUGCAAUUUUCAAUCUUUCUCAAUCUGAUCCAGAUUCCCAUCACUUCCGUAAGAAAAUUCUCAUGAAAGAGAAAGUCCGUCGAAUGUUCUAUCAUGCCUAUGACAACUACAUGAAAUAUGCGUUUCCGCAUGAUGAGCUGAAACCCCUCACAAAAACCUUCACAGACUCGCUCAGUGAGUUAGGAAAUUUAAGGUUAGAACACUUGCCACAAAAUUAUAAUGGUUCUGCACUCACCCUUAUCGAGUCAUUAUCCAGUCUUCUGAUAUUAGGUAACAAUACAGAGUUUGAAAGGGGAGUCUCAUGGCUUUCUGAAAAUCUGUCAUUUGAUGUAGAUGCAAGAGUAAAUCUAUUUGAGUGCAACAUAAGAGUUCUUGGGGGACUUGUUUCUGCUCAUAUGCUUGCAAUUGAUUCUAGAAACAGGUUCUCUCAAGGAACUUACAAGAAUGAGCUGCUUAUUCUAGCUGAAGACUUGGGGAGACGUCUUUUGCCUGCAUUCGGUACACCAACGGGAUUACCAUAUGCAUGGAUCAAUCUUAAGUAUGGAGUAAUGGCAAAUGAGACAACAGAAACAAGCACUUCUUGUUCCGGCUCCUUGAUUCUUGAAAUGGGGGCAUUAUCAAGAUUGACUGGUGACCCACAGUUUGAAGAUGCAGCAUUGCGUGCUCUACGUAAAUUAUGGAGCUUGAGGAGUUCUAUGAAUCUGCUCGGAACCACAGUAGAUGUGGUGUCUGGAAAGUGGAUAGAGUAUUCUUCUGGGAUUGGUGCUGGGGUUGACUCAUUCUAUGAGUAUUUAGUCAAAGCUUACAUUCUCUUUGGAAAGGAGGAGUAUUGGAGGAUGUUUCAGUCUGCUUAUGUUGCUGUCCAAAAAUAUUUCAGACAUGGUCCAUGGUAUCAUGAAGCUGAUAUGAGAACAGGGCAUGCAACGUACUGGCAGCUUACGAGUCUCCAAGCAUUUUGGCCAGGUCUACAGGUUCUUGUUGGAGAUAUUGCAGCAGCGAAUUCCUCGCACCGUGAGUUCGUCAAGGUUUGGGAGAGAUUUGGUGUUUUGCCAGAACGGUAUCUCCUUGACCAUCAAAUGCUUCAUCCAACAGAAAAAUAUUAUCCAUUACGUCCCGAAUUGGCAGAAUCUACUUUCUACUUAUAUCAGGCAACCAAAGAUCCAUGGUACUUGGAAGUUGGUGAAUCAAUUACAGACUCCCUGAAUUUGUACACCAAAGUUGAUGGUGGUUUUGCAAGCGUACGAGAUGUCUCGACUAUGGUGUUGGAAGACCAUCAGCACAGUUUCUUUCUUUCUGAAACAUGCAAAUACCUGUAUCUUCUUUACGAUGACUCAUUUUUAGUUGACCAGAACUACGUCUUCACAACUGAAGGUCACCCUCUUCCUGUGCUUUCUGCCUGGCAAGAUAGACUUCCAGAAGUGUAUACCUCUGCAAAUUAUACUUUCAUCCAGAGACGUGCAAGUGCGAUGUCGCUGCAAAUAUGUCCUGCAAUGACUUCAAGCACUAGUAGAGAAGUCGACGAGAAACAUGAAAGCGCGUGCCACAUCUGUGAUACUCGUAGGGAUCAUAGAUGUUUGACUGACGAAGAUUGUGGAGUUGAUGCAACCACUUGUAGGAGGAGAUCAUGCAGCAUUGCUGGCUUCUGUGGGCUGUGGUUAUAUCUAUGAUAUUCCAGAUUAUACCGAUUCAUUUUUUCUUUCUCCAAGUCUUGUAGCCUAGUCUGGAACGAAGUUAAUCCAGUAUCAGUUCAGUCUAGAAGUUAGAUGCAGUAAAGAGAUGAAUCUCAGUUGAAAUUAUGUAAAUCGUUGUUGAUAUAUUGCCAACCAAACAAACCUUAAAGGUUGGGUGACAAUGAUCAAACAUAUACCUUGUCAAAGCAUAUAUGAUUACUACUAUACGCAUAUUUAUCUAUGUAUCA